AUGCGCAAACCAGUACUAUACAAAACCAAGUUGCAUAUGCAUGGAGUGGAAAAUAAGUUGAGGUGUGCUACUUCUUCGUCUUCGAGUAGUUCCACAGGAGCAUCAGAUUGUUUAAAAUUAAGAGUAAAAGUGGGAAAGAGAUGGAAGGAAUACGCUGGUUUGGGUAACUGGGAAGGCCUCCUUGACCCACUCGACGAUAAUCUCCGCAAUGAAAUUCUUCGUUACGGCCAGUUUGUGGAUGCUGCUUACAAAUCCUUCGACUUCGACCCUUCCUCACCCACCUACGCCACCUGCCUCCACUCCAAGGCCUCCUUAUUGGAGAGCUCCGGCCUUCCUUCCACUGGGUAUCGAGUCUCCAAGCACUUGAGAGCCACCUCCGGAAUUUGCCUCCCUCGCUGGCUUCCCAACACCCCCUCCUUCUCGACCAACUCCAGUUGGAUCGGCUACGUUGCCGUCUCCCAGGACAAGCAUGAAAUCUCCCGCCUUGGCCGUCGAGACGUGGUCAUUGCCUUGAGAGGAACCGCCACGUGCUUGGAGUGGUUAGAGAAUUUGAGAGCCACUCUAACCAUGCUUCCAGGGGAGGAGGGUGGGGCGAUGGUGGAAAGUGGAUUCCUGAGUCUGUACAGCUCGGGGACGGAGUCCUGCCCGAGCUUGAAGGAGAUGGUGCGAGAGGAAAUAGGAAGGAUCCUGCAAUCGUAUGGGGAGGAGCCAUUGAGCCUGACGAUCACAGGCCACAGUCUGGGGGCGGCAUUGGCGACCCUUGCAGCAUACGACAUAAAAGAGUACUUCAAAACAAGUGCGCCGAUGGUGACAGUGAUGUCGUUCGGUGGGCCACGAGUGGGUAACAGGAAAUUCAGGCAGCGGCUAGAGGAGCAAGGGACAAAGGUGCUGCGAAUUGUGAACUCUGAGGAUGUGAUAACGAAACUUCCUGGUUUCGUUGUGAAUAAUAACAACAACAACAACAACAACGUUGAGGAAGGUGGUGGCCGUUUGAGGUGGAUCCAGAAGUGUGUGGAGGAAACCGAGUGGGCUUACUCUGAGGUGGGACGAGAGCUCCGACUCAGCAGUAGAGACUCGCCUCACCUGAACCGGAUCAACGUCGCCACAUGUCACCACCUCAACACAUAUCUUCACUUGGUAGAUGGUUUUGUUAGCUCCACCUGUCCUUUCAGAGCAACCGCCCGCAGAAUGUUCCCAUAAUUAACCAA